CGUUUUCGUAAGGAAGAAUCUAUUUCGAAAACUACUCUUCGGAGAAACUCUUAUUUUCUUCUUCGGACGUUUUGAAUGCUAAAUUUGUCGUAACCGUUUUUGACCCCUACAAGAAUUAGCUGUGGUACAACUUACUGAAAAUGCACUAAUAGCUGCGCCACAGACCGUACGAGAAACCGACAAAGGCCACUAGACUCAUAGCUUGAUAUGAAAGAUCUCAUGUGACAUAGGUAUGUUCCUCAACACUUCCAUAGAGAAUCUAUUAUAUAAUAGGAGAGUUUCUCUCCUCCUGAUGCGACACGUCAGCGGUAUAUGGGUCCCACUUUUUAAAAGUGUGAAAAAAUAUCAAAUAUGUGGUUCGAACCCGGGUUAUUGAGAUAUAAGCACCCACAACUAUACCAUUGCACUAAAUGAUACUUUGUACAUUGAUUAUCGAAACUAAUAUAUAUUAUAAAGGUCGAAAACUAAUAUAAUAUUGUGGACCCCAUCUCUUUUUUUUUAAUUGAUGGAUAACUCAAUGGACUUCGACAAAAAGUGGGCUUUGGGCUUAUUGAUUUUCUGUUUAUUUGGCUUUGUAUCUGCCCAAAGUGGUGAUACGGACAAAGCUAAGAAGAUUAGGGAAGCCGCCUUCUUCACCAUCUCCUUCGUCGCUUGCGAUUCUCUUUCCGGCAAUCAGCUAUUAUGGUCGAUCUUUAAGACUCUACGCACAUUUUGCGCCUACCAAACGUUUAGUUUCUCCUCUAACGCCUUCAGAGCUCUCAUUCUAUUAUAUAAUAGGAGAGUUUCUCUCCUCCUGAUGCGACACGUCAGCGGUAUGUGGGUCCCACUUUUUAAAAGUGUGAAAAAACAUCAAAUAUGUGGUUCGAACCCGGGUUAUUGAGAUAUAAGCACCCACAACUAUACCAUUGCACUAAAGGAUACUUUGUACAUUGAUUAUCGAAACUAAUAUAUAUUAUAAAGGUCGAAAACUAAUAUAAUAUUGUGGACCCCAUCUCUUUUUUUUAAUUGAUGGAUAACGAAUGGAGUUCGACAAAAAGUGGGCUUUGGGCUUAUUGAUUUUCUGUUUAUUUGGCUUUGUAUCUGCCCAAAGUGGUGAUACGGACAAAGCUAAGAAGAUUAGGGAAGCCGCCAUCUUCACCAUCUCCUUCGUCGCUUGCGAUUCUCUUUCCGGCAAUCAGCUAUUAUGGUCGAUCUUUAAGACUCUACGCACAUUUUGCGCCUACCAAACGUUUAGUUUCUCCUCUAACGCCUUCAGAGCUCUCAUAUAUAUAGAAUCCCUCGAGGUAAAAGCUCCAUCUUGUCUCAAACUUUUCUUUCUCAGUUUUCCGAUCGCUUUACUUUCUUACAUCCGUCACGAAAAUGACUUAUCCAGCUGCUCCAGCCGCUUCAGCCGCCGUUCCCUACUCCACCUUCAACUCUCUCCGCCUUGGAAGGUCCACUCAGUCCAUUGUUGGUUGGCUCAUCCGAUUCUAGGAUUCCAGGAACAUUAACAAGAAUGGAGAGUUUAUGGGCAUCACCAUUUUCCUCCUUGAUGAACAAGUGAUGAUUGUUUCUAACUUAUUUUUUAUCACUUUAACUCUGCUUUGCUUAUUCUUUGUUCAUAUAUGAAACAUGUCUUCAUCUUUUUGUUUUGGUUUUGUCUAUGGUUGUCCAGGGAGAUGGUGUUUUACAGAUGGUUCUUGGAAGGAGAAUGAAGUUUUCUCUGGGCAAGGUUGGCUAAGUACUUUAGAAGGCUUUGAUGGGUUGUUAGGAGCAAGGAAUGUCCGAGCUUGUCUAUCCCUUCUACAUGCGGAGAUAGAAGCACUACUUUGGGCAAUGGAAUGUAUGAAAAAUUUACGCCAGUUUCAGGUUACAUUUGCAACGGAUUGUUCUCAGUUGGUGAAGAUGGUUUCGGAACCAGAAGAAUGGCCCGCAUUUGCAAGUUAUUUGGAAGAUAUUAAGUCCCUGAAAGAGGUUUUCACACGUUCAGAGAUUAUCUAUGUACCAAGGACGCAAAAUUCAAGAGCGGAUAGCCUAGCACGCAGUGCCAGGAAACAACCGUCAUUUGUCGUUCACAUGGAUCAAAAUCUACCGGAGUGGUUCACAGAGUCAGUAUGAGUCUGUAUUUGAUGACAAAAAAAAAAAAAAAAAAAAAAACUAAUGAUUUUUCACUGUUUUUCUUACAUGAUUCUGUGAUCUACGGUUUCAUCCCUACAAUCUCCAAACAAAAUAGGAAAACUGAAUGAAUUAUGUUUUUAGCAACCAAAUCUAAAAAAUAAAAGACAUCUUACUUAACAAAUUAAAACAUUUUCUUUUGCAUAUUCCGACGACGACGAAGCACCCGAGGACCAACGACAAUGGAAUGAUGCGGACGAAGCCUAACUGAUGUAAGUAAACUCCUCUUCAAUAACGCAUCACACUAUUAUCGCUCCCCAAUCUCACAAACUUAAGCUCUAAUCAUGUCAGGGAUCCCACAUGUGAUGCUGUCCCGACGACGGAGAAAAAAAAAGAAAGAUAACCUAACGUUUUUUUUUAUUUUCAGUUUUUAAGUUCAAAUCAUGUUUUAGACAUAGAGCCCAACAUAAUUUGAGCCAAACAUUUUAAACCCACAAUUAAUUUUUUCAUAAUGUAAAAACGUCAACCUUCGUUUAUGUUUUGUUAAACUAUUUUAAUCUUUAUGUUUUGUUAAACUAUUUCACACAGGGGGCAGAUCUCCUUAGAAGGGGAGCCACUCGCCACGAUGCUUCCAGUUUCACCAUUCUUGAAACUCUUAUGAACCACAAAGCCAAUAUAAGAGUUCUGUUUCAAUCCAACGGCUGGAUUUUGUCACAGACCACCACUAAGCCUGAAGAAGGAAAAGAAGUGGAGUGAUGCGUUUUGGAAAAUGGUUACUUGGAGUUUACAAGAUGAAGAUGGAACCCGUGACGAGGAAGACGAGGAUAAGUGUUACUUGGAAUAUCCUAACGUUGAGGAUGUAAACAAUGUGUGAUCUUAGCGAUGAAGAUUAGUGUAGCUUUAAUAUAUACUACUACGGUCCUUGAGCUCCCUAAAAAGUACUAGCAAACAAUAUGUAUUUUGAAAAAAUAAAAUAAUUUUGUAAUGCAAGUAGUUUGAAACUUUGAGUAUUUAUUCAAACAACGGAUAUAUACAGAGUUGAUAACUUGAUAUGGACCCCCAAAUAAGUUGGUGCUGCACUGUCACAAUAUCUGUCUUUUUAAUUUCAUAUACCUGACGUAAGCUUCUUCAUCUUCUUUUCUUUCCCUUUCCGUUGUUCCACGCUCUCUGUUUCAUGUUUAGUUUUUUUUACAUUCUCUAUAUUUUACCUUAAUUAUACUUUUUGAAUUUUCCUUCCGUUUUGGGAGAUGUCUCUAACUUGAGUUAAUCGUCAGAAGCUAAGAUCAAUUUUGUUGUCUUACUUUCGAUAAAUUUUAUUCUUUAAUUUGCACAAAUCUUAAACAACACCGACAUCCCGUAAAUCAUACCGUCCCACCGAUAUUCAAAGUAACCAGCCCCGCGCUUGCGCGGGGUCUCAGCACCUAGUUACAAAAGCGUUUAAGAUAUCUAAAACAUAGAAGCAAGUCAAUGGAUGAAUACUAUUAAGAGUUUGUACACUUGAGAAACCGUAGCCCAAUUUGUGGAUAGUUUAACACGACUGAAUUACCUGCAAGGUAAAAAGACAAACCUACUCAGAUUUCAAAAAUUUAUUUCACUUGCAAAUACAUGAUGAACAACAUAUCAAGAAAAAGUCCAUAAAUACCCAAGGCAAAUCCCAAAAUACUUGGUAUCUACGCAACAACAACCGGCCUAAUGAUAAGGGAAAAUAAUUUGAGGAGGAUACACGGUUCAAAGGCCAACCAAAUAAACAAUACAAAGAGACCAGAGCUGGCCAAGGUAAUAAUGCUAAUUCCCAAUGUGCUAGAGACAUAACUUGUUUCAAGUGUAAGGUCAAAGGUCAUUAGAGUCUCUAAACCAAAGAGUCAUGUUGAUGACUGAAGAUGGAGGAUAUGAGUCUCAUGAUGAGUAUGACUUGAAUGUGCAAGUUGACUAUGGAUAUAUUGAAUAUACAGACAUAGGAGAGACUUUUGUUACUAUGUGUGUGCUAACUGAAAUGGUUCAACCAGUUGAAACCAUCCAAAGAGAUAACAUUUCUACACUUGUUGCACCACUAAAGGCACGGUAUGCAACCUUAUGUUUCACUAAUGUUUCUAGCACUCAUGUGGUUGAAAAACUUGGUUUAGAAAAGACAAGACAUCCGCAUCCAUAUAGGUUUAGAUGGCUAGAUGAUAAAGUAAAUUUUAAAAUCCAAGAUCAAGUGACUAUUAAUCCAUUUAAAAUUGGUAAAUAUCAAUAUGAAGUUGUUUGUGGUGUUGUACCUAUGCAAGAAUGACAUGUAUUGCUAGGUAGACCAUGACAAUAGGAUCGAAAAACUAAGCCUAAUGGUCGAACUAAUAUGUAUACAUUUAUGUAUGAUAAACGCAAGAUUAUUUUGUCACCACCUACACCAUUUUAAAUGCAUGAGUUACAUUUGAAAAUGGCUAACAAAAAGAGAAAAAUGCUAAGUCUAACUUUUUUAUUCAACCUAGUCAUUUAAGAAAAGCUACUGCUUCUAAACACACAAUCGUUUUACAGUCUUUUAGGAGCUUUUAAGUGUAGGUUUUAAUGAACUAAUACUUCCACCAGAGAUCACUGAUCUUCUUAACAGGUUUAAAGAUGUGUUUCAAGAUGGUUUGCCUCCACUAUGGAAAAAAAAAACAAAUAGACUUUGUACCCUAACAAGUCUGCAUACAGAGUGAACCAUGAAAAGAUCAAAGAGUUGGAGAGACAAGUUCAUGAGCUACAUGAAAAGGGGUAUGUGAGAGUGAGCCUUAGUCCUUGUGAUGCACAAGUCGUACUUGUUCCAAACAAAUAUGGCACAUGGAGCCACAUGAUGUAUGAGCUAAGUGGAGCCACUAUCUUCUCAAAGAUAUAUAUUAUAAGUGGUUACCACCAAGUAUAGACAUCUAAUCUCACGGUUUGAUGACAUGAUGUAUGAGCUAAGUGGAGCCACUAUCUUCUCAAAGAUAUAUAUUAUAAGUGGUUACCACCAAGUGAGAAUAAGAAGAUGAAUGGAAGACUAUUUUCAUGAUAAAUCAAGGUCUUUUUGAAUGGAGGGUGAUGCCCAAUGCUCUAAACACCUUAAUGCAUCUAAUGUACCAUGUUCUUAAAGAAAACAUAAAAAAAUUUCUUUUUUUUUUAAUGUUGAUGAUAUUUUAAUUUAUAUUACAAGCUUACUUGAUUAUGUAUCCCGUCUUGUGGUAGUACUAAAGACAAUUCGGCAAGAAGGACUUUAUGCAAAUUUCAAGAAGUGUAAUUUUUGUACUGAUAAAUUUCAUAGGUAUCGUUGUAUGUUCACAAGUAUUACAAGUUAAUGAAAAUAAGGUGAAGGCAAUCCAUGAAUUGCCAGCACCAACAAACAUGAGUUAAGUGAGGAGCUUUCAUGGAUUACGAAGAUACUACAUGCAUUUUGUUAAAAACUUCAGUAGUAUAGUUGGACUACUCACGUAUGUAGAAAGAAUAGGGUGGGUUUCACAUGGGAGAAGGCUCAACAUGAAACAUUUCAAACCAUGGAUUAACCAAUGCACAAGUUCUAGUCUCACAAGAUUUCAACAAGAAAUUUAAGUGGAAUGUGAUUUAUCCGAGAUUGGAAUUGGGUCAGUGUUGAUCCAAGGGGAAAAAUCAGUAGCAUAUUUCAGCGCGAAGUUUGGAGGAGAUACACUCACUAUCCAACCUAUGACACAUAGUUAUAUGCGCUCAUAAGGAUUUUGGAGACUUGGUAGCAUUAUUUGUUGUCUACGGAGUUUGUGGUUCAUACUGAAUAUGAAACUUUGAAGAAUUUAAGAGGUCAUACCAGCUUGAAGAAAAUGCAUAAUCGUUGGAUGGAGUUCAUAGAAGAAUUUUUCUCUACAUCAUUAGAUUAUACAUGCCACUGCUGAUCCCUACUGCUUCAUGGUUGACAUUUCAAUAGAAUUUGUCCUGGGAUUACCGAAAGUUCAUCACGAGGACUCUAUCUUUAUUUGUUGGGGGAAAGAUUCUCAAAGAUGACACACUUCAUACCAUGUGCCAAGGUGAAUGACGCAUCCCAAAUCAAUGAUCUAUUCUUUAAAAAGGUGGUGAGUUUACAUGAAAUUCCAAGAACUAUAGUAUCUGAUCGAGAUAGCUAUUUCCUCUACCAUUGUUGGAGAGCAUUAUGGAAGAAAGAAGUGAUAGACUAUGGAUUUGACCCACUUUUACCCAUGGUUUAUAAGUGUUUUAACUACUAGUUAUUAUAUUAUAGAGUCUACUUAGAAUAUUUAUAGGGCCAGGAGUAAUUUGGAGGAAAAUGAUGAUUUUGAAGCAUUUUGGAGAUAUUUGGAGUAAGCACCCGAGAUGACCAUCGAGCUCGACCAUCGGUCGACAUUGAAGAGGAAUAAUCGAUCGAUGUUCACAUCUUGACAUCGAUCGACAGUGUAGCGCGGAGAAAUCCCAUUUAGUCUCAACCUACUUAGAGCCCAAGUCUUCACCAAUUUACAAGAUUACCCCUGACAAGUUUUAACUUAAUUAUAUAAACUUUGCCAACAUAUUAGAGGCAAAGUGUGAUUUCUUGUUUUACUAUUUUCACAACAAAGGUUUUCAAGAAUUUUUAGUAGAUUGGAGGGAAGAUUCCAAAGAGAUUUGUGAUCGGAACUCCAUUGAUAUUUAUCUAUUUAUCUAUGCAGUUUUUUUACCUUAUUGCUGUUAUGAAUUGCUUAGCCAUGUCUGAUUAAUUCUCUUGUUAGAUUUUAGGGUUAAAUAGGUUAUGAGGGAUUAGCCCCAACUAUAGAUUGCUAAGUUGUAAUAUUCAUCAUUAAGAUUAUCAUUAAUGUCUGUUUCUAGAUUAGUUACCUAGCACUUGCCCUAGGAUUGUUAGAUAUAAGCGAUAGCUUUUAUUUCAUCCUGAAACUAUUCUAAUUGAGCUAAGACUUGCUAGAAUAAGCGAAAGCUGAUCUAGUAAGCUUAGUGAGCAUAUUCAAUCUGCGCAUUAACGCUUGACCAAGCGCGUCGAUCGAUAUUCCUAUCGAAUAAUCGGUCGACGUUCAACAAGUGUAUCGAUCGAUAUUCCUAUAGAAUAAUCGAUCGACACUGGUCAAUAGACAAACCUAGAAAACGAAAGCCUAAGGGUUUGUUAUUAAGUGUUGAGCUCUAUAAUAUCAUGCAUAAAACUUAUUAGGCAUCUGUAGGAUUAUAAUCUUGAUUUCCUGAAUAAAAACCCUAAGUCUAGCUAUUUCCAUUUAAGUACCAAAACCCCAAUUCGAGCAAUUACUUGCUCACAAACUUGCAACUUUACAUUUAAACAUAAAAAAAAACUAGCUUAACAACUCUGAUUAGAUUUAUUAGGUUUCCUAGCUCCUUGUGGAUUCGAUCCCUAAGUACUACAAUUGAACCACUUAUUUGAGUGAUUAAUUUGCUUCUUAUGGUACUUCUAAGUUCACCAACCAAUAGGAUUUCAUUAUUUCAAAUUUGAUAUCUUUUUAAAAAAAGAAACAAAAUAUUAUGAAGUUAUAUUAUUUUUUAAAAUAAAAAAAAAGUAAAAAAAAAGUAGUAGUUACAAGAAAAAUGAAUUUAAAAAAAUAUAUUUUAACGUUGUCAGCAAAACAAUAAACUCUAAAUCCUAUAUCUUAAACCCUUAGAUAAAUCCUAAACUCUAAAUAAAAACACUAAACACUAAAACCCUAAAUCCUAAACCCUUGAGUGUUUUAUUUUUAGUGAUUUUUAUUUAGAGUUUAGGAUUUAUCCUAGGGUUUAGGGUUUACCCAAGGGUUUAAGGUCUAGGAUUUAAGGUUUGGGGAUUAAGAUUUAGGGUUUAGUGUUUUGAUGACGAUGUUAAAAAUAUUUUUUUUUGUAAUUACUAUUAUUAUUUUUGUCUUUUUACCUUUUAAUUUUAAAAACAUAAUAUAAUUUGAUAAUAUUUUAUUUUCUUCUUUAAAAGACAUUAAAUAUAAAAUAAUAUAAUUCUAUUAGUUGAUGAAUAUAGAGGUUGACACUGAGAAUAAGAUUUUGACUAACCUGUGAUCUCUCUUUCUCUCUCUCUCUCUUCUGCUUCAUUUUCUAUCUGUUUUUUUUUUGUUUACUUUCAUUCUGAAUAAUUGAAAGCACGUGUGUAGGUUUCUUGAAAUACUCUCUAAAUAAAUAGUAUCUUGAAAAGCAUAAACCAGCGUCGACUCCUUUACAUUUAUUUUUAUAUUAGGUGAACUACUUCUCUACAUUUCUUGGCUUGUUUUUCUUUUUGAUCAGAGUUGACCCUGUCCAGCUCAGCGAAAUGGAAGAAGAAGGUUUAUUAUUAGCUUCUCCUUCAUCUUCUUCUCCAUCACUUCUGUCCGGGAUAUCAAAUGUCUCGACGAGACCUUUUGUUCUUGCCUUUACUGUCUGUUCUUGUGGCGCUUUUGUCUCUGGAUGCAUAAGUGGAUAUUCGGCUCCUACACAGUCUGGUAUCAUGAAAGACUUGAAUCUCUCCGUUGCUGAUUAUUCACUAUUUGGAUCGAUAUUAACGGUGGGUAUAAUCCUUGGAGCACUAAUCUGUGGGAAAUUAACAGAUUUAGUUGGUCGUAUCAACACAAUGUGGAUCAUCAACGUGUUCUUCAUAUCCGGCUGGUUUAGUAUUGCAUUUGCCAAGGUUAUCUGGAUGCUGGAUAUGGGAAGGUUACUGCAUGGGAUCGGAAUCGGAAUUAGCGCGUACUUGGGGCCGAUUUACAUGACUGAGAUAACACCAAGAAACUUAAGAGGAGCUGUUUCUUCUUGCUCACAGUUAUUCGCGAUUGUCGGUUCAUCACUCUUCUAUGCACUUGGUACAGUCGUUGGUUGGCGCGAUUUAGCCAUUUUGGGAGUUAUUCCUUUUCUUGUGAUAAUUCCUCUUCUUUUCUUCAUCCCUGAAUCUCCUCGAUGGCUAGCUAAAGUAGGGAGGGAAAAGGAGGUUAAAGCGGUCUUGUUAAGCCUGCGAGGAGCAGAAUCAGAUAUAUCAUAUGAAGCCCAAGAGAUAUUGGAUUACACAGAACAUGUUAAACAACAAGAAGAUGGCGACAGCGGUUUCUUCAAGCUCUUUCAGCGAAAAUAUGCAUUCUCACUUACAAUUGGAGUUGCUCUUAUAGCUUUGCCUGAGCUUGGAGGACAUAGUGGUUAUAGUUAUUACACUGACUCCAUUUUUACCCGUACAGGUGUAUCAAGUGACUUUGGAUUCAUAACAACAUCUCUAGUUCAGAUGUUGGGAGGUGUUUUAGGUACUAUGCUUGUGGAUGUGUCUGGGAGACGUUCACUCCUACUGGUUUCUCAAGCUGGAUCAUUCUUGGGAUGCCUUGCCACAUCCAUUUCUUUCUUCUUGCAGGAGAAUCGUUGGUGGGAAAGAGGAACUUCUAUCUUAGCUCUCAUUAGUGUUCUGGUGUACUUUGCAUCAUACGGACUAGCCAUGUCGUCAAUACCAUGGAUUGUAGCAUCAGAGAUAUAUCCAGUAGAUGUGAAGGGAGCAGCCGGGACAGUUUGUAACUUGGCCGGCUCUAUAAGUUCUUGGCUCGUUGCUUAUUCUUUUAACUUCUUGCUUCAAUGGAGUUCAACAGGAACAUUUCUGAUGUUUGCCACAGUGACUGGUCUUGGAUUUGUGUUCAUAGCCAAACUUGUUCCAGAGACCAAAGGCAAAUCUUUAGAAGAAAUCCAAUCUCUUUUCACUGAUCCUCUUAAAAAUUCCACACCUUAAAUAUUUUCCCAAUUUUUAUAAAUAUAAGUUUGUACACAGAAUUUUUUUAUUAAAAUGUCAUUUCUAAGAACAUUAUUGUUUUCAUGUUUUAGGCAAGAGUUCAAAUUUUAUCCAAAAAAGACAAUAGUUAAUAUA